CACCACCCUACUCUUUAAAAUGGACCGCCGUCGACCGCCGCCUGUACAGACCACAGUUGGCAACGCUCAGCUGCCGGAAAGCCCAAGAGUCCCAAUGGAGUUCCUCUCAAGAUCAUGGAGCGCCCCCGCUCUCCAUGUCUCCAAAGCUCUUGCUCCUCCUCCUCCACCCAAGGAAGCAAACUCCGCCACCUCCAUACCCGAGGACAUUCCCGGUGAGACUGAGCAGCCACACACUGCUUCCGGAAAGACCUACUCGUUCGCCUCUUCUGCUACUUCGCAGCUCAUUCUUGAACGCAUUAUGUCUCAGUCCGAAGUGUCACCGCUAACGUCAGGGAGACUGUCUCAUAGUAGCGGACCUUUGAAUGGCUGUCUCACUGAAGAAACCGAUAGCCCUCCGGUUUCCCCCUCCGACGAAUUUGACGAUGUCAUCAAGUACUUGCGUGCAAACAACACGCUGCAACCCCUAUUCGGCGGCCAUGGCAAUGGAGGCAGAAACACCACUGGCGGUAAGACUGUGGGGAGAUGGUUGAAGGAAAGGAGAGAGAAGAAGAAAGAGGAAACCAGAGCCCACAAUGCGCAGCUCCAUGCUGCUGUUUCGGUUGCAGGAGUGGCUGCUGCAGUGGCGGCAAUUACUUCAGCCACGGCAGCAGCAGCAUCAGGGAAGGAUGAACAGAUGGCGAUGACUGACAUGGCGGUGGCGUCAGCAGCAACAUUAGUGGCUGCACAGUGCGUGGAGGCUGCGGAGGCUGUGGGAGCUGAUCGCGACCACCUCACUUCGGCCAUUAGCUCCGCUGUGAAUGUCCGGUCUCAUGAUGAUAUCGUCACUCUAGCUGCUGCCGCAGCCACAGCGCUACGUGGGGCAGCAACCUUGAAAGCAAGAGCACUAAAGGAAUUGUGGAACAUUGCAACAGCAAUACCAGUAGAGAACGGAGUAGGAACUAAGGCAGGAGCUAACGGUUAUGGUACUCAUACUAAUGGUGGUGGUGCCAUAGAGUUUGUUCCUGGAGAAAAUUUCCUGAGUGCUUGUAAUCAAGAGCUUCUCGCCAAAGGUAGUGAGCUUCUCAAACGCACACGCAAAGGGGAUCUUCAUUGGAAAAUUGUCUGCAUUUAUAUCCAUCGAACAGGCGAGGUGAUGCUCAAGAUGAAGAGCAAACAUGUUGGAGGAACCUUCACCAAGAAGAAGAAAAAUGUGGUAUUAGAGGUAUGCAAGGAUCUGCCGGCAUGGCCUGGGAGGCACCUUUUUGAGGAUGGGGAGAAGCGUCGCUACUUUGGAUUAAAGACGUCAACUCGUGGGGUUGUAGAGUUUGAAUGCAGAAACCAGAAGGAAUAUGAUGUCUGGACUCAGGGUGUUUCAAGGCUUCUUUCUAUAGUGGCUGAAUUGAAGAAGAAGAGGCGUCAAACUUGAAAUAUAUGAUGAAAGACAUAAAAAAGAUGAGUUUGUUACACAUCAAACGUUGUCAAAAUAAUAUCAUGUAUUAUGUCUUGAAUUGCUCUCUCCUAGCGCCUCACAAAACACGACAAAUUGCUCUCUCCUUGCACCUCAUAGAGCCUCAUAAAACACGACAUAAGUCAGGAUCUGGGCUGUCGAGUCCCUUACAAGAAGUAAAUCAGAAUGCAAUAGUGAUACAACAAU